UGUGCCUCCACUGCGGACCUAGUGGCCUCCAGUCCCCCCCUGACACCGUCCUUGACCUUUAACAACAACUAUCGCAAUUCAGUGCACACUUUCCGACCUAUAACAACGAUGGCAGCUCCUAAACUUUAUUACUUUGACGGACGUGGAAAAGGAGCAAUAGUACGAUUGACGCUGGCGGCGUGUGGUAUCAAGUUCACAGAAGAGCUACUAACAGAAAGAGAGCAGAUUGAAAAAUGGAGAUCAGAUGGACUACUCCUGUUUUCACAAGUGCCAAUGUUGGAGAUAGAUGGCCUGAGACUGGUUCAGACAGGGGCCAUUGUUCGGUACAUAGCAGAUAAAGAAGGGCUGCUGGGGUCAUCACACGAGGAGACGGCCAGAAUCAACGAGCUUUUCGAAGGCUCGCGUGACUUUAUGUCCGCCUUCUACCCAGCUGUGUUUGUGGAUAUUAAGGAGGUGUUGGAGAAGGCCUCGGCCAAAAGUUUGCCUCGCUACCUCCCUAUAUUUGAUAAGGUUCUGAAGAAAAACGGAACUGGUUUCCUGGUUGGCGAUAGUGUGACGCUGGCAGAUAUUGGUCUUUUGGAGCCAGUUCUCAUGACAAUUGACUACUAUGGGUUAGAAGCUCUAAAGGAUUAUCCAUCUCUUCAGGAGUUUCACAAGAAGGUUACGUCUCUGCCGAACAUGGCUGAGUUCCUGGCAGGACCACAGCGGAGGAAGCCUAAUGAUGACGUGUAUGUCUCCACCGUGAAGAAGGUCAUCUUUUAAUGAUCUCAUCGUUCUAGAUUGGCCGUGUGAACAGCGUCAGUAGUUUGAGAUGCGUGUUAGCUCACCUUGUUACGUGAAGUUAUGUAGGUGCAAACCCUCCUUCGCGGUUCCUUUUUUCGACACACCUUCCUAAGUGAUAGGUGUCUGUCGUUUCUGACAUGUUUAACUGGGUCAUAUUUUUAAUAUAAAAGUCUUUGACAAGCGAA